AAUUACAAAGGGGAGAUCAGUCUAUUUUAUCAAACGAAUCAAACAGUUCACAUUCAACAUCUGUUGAUAAUAACAUUAUACCUGUUAGUAAUAAUGAAAAAGAUGAAAAUAUUCAGCCAUCAACUAGUACAGCUUUUUAUGAGAUAUAUGUGCUUGGUUCAACAGGUGUAGGAAAAACAACACUAAUUGGACAAUUUAUGACAUCGGAUUAUCGAAAUACCUAUGCUACUGAUAUAGUACAAUUUGAUAAUACAGUAUCAAUUAUAAUUGGUGAUAAGGAAAGUGAAUUGACUUUUCAUGAAGUUGAUCUAAGCAAUAAUAAUUCUUGGCUAGAUGGUAAAGCAGAUAUUUAUUUGCUAUUAUAUAGUGUUGAUUCAAAAAAUUCGUUCAAAGAUGUUAUGAAUGUUGUUGAAUGUUUACGUGAAUCAACAACAGCACGUCAUACACCUAUUGUUAUGGCUGCUAAUAAAGUUGAUUUAGAACGAAAACGUGCUAUUAGUAAGACAGAUGCAAAAAAUGCAGCAAUGACUUAUGGCUUUGCACAUUACGAAAUAUCAGUGGCGUUAAAUUUAGACGUUGAUGAUCUUUUGGUUGGACUUAUUGCUGAAAUUAAGCAAUCGUUGAAAUCUGAUCUACUCGAUAUUCAUGAUGAUAUCAAACCUUCUAAAGAGAAUACCGAUACGAAAGAGAUAAAAGAACCAAACGAUUUUAGAGCUGCAAUACGAAGAUUUUCAAGGAGAAGACAACAUCAAAUGUGUGGUACCAAUGAGAAACAAGCGAAUAAAUGUACCCAUUUCAAAAUCAAUCUUAUGGAACGUUUUCGAAAUUUGAGACGAUUAUUGCCAAAUUUAAAUUAUUAA